UCCGGCUCCGUGUCCAAUCAUAUUUCAAGAUGAGCUGGCACUAAAAUACCCGGAAGUGUUUACAGCUGGAGGCUAAACUAGCAGCUAACAGCAGAGUCAGUGGAGAAUUGAAGCUCCUGGAAGUGCAGUGCGGACGCAUCUCCUAGCCUGUGUGCGGUGCUUGUUAAGAAGUCAGGAUGAGUCUGCAGUGGACUGCGGUGGCCACCUUCCUCUACGCUGAGGUCUUCUUAGUUCUGCUGCUCUGCAUUCCCUUCAUCUCACCCAAGAGGUGGAACAGCAUUUUCAAAUCUCGCAUCAUAAAGGCCAUCACUCUCUAUGGAAACACCGCCUUCAUGGUGGCCAUCGCCAUCCUCGUCUUUCUGCUCAUCGAUGCUUUCCGUGAGGUGAGGAAGUACAGUGUGACGGAGAAGGUGGAUCUGGCAAACCACCCGACAGCCAUCGAGCACAUCCACAUGAAGCUGUUCAGAGCACAGAGGAACGAGUACAUUGCUGGCUUCGCCCUGCUGCUCUGCCUGUUGCUGCGUCGCCUGGCCACUCUGCUCUCCCAGCAGGCUUCACUCAUGGCCUCCAACGAAGCCUUCAAGAAGCAGGCGGAGGGCGCCAGCAAUGCCGCCAAGAAAUACAUGGAGGACAACGAGAUGUUGCAAGAGAAACUGCGUGAGGCUGGUCUUGAGCUGCCGGAGGCUGGGAAGAAAGGACCAGGACCACAGGAGGAGAACAAGACUCUGAAGGAGGAGGUGAAGAGCCUGAAGGAGGAGCUGGAAGCCACCAAGAAAGCUCUACAGAAGUCGGACAACGACGUUCGUGCCAUGAAGAAACAGUCCGCGAACCUGACGGUGGAGUACGACAGACUGCUGGAAGAGCACAGCAAACUCCUGGCGAAGAGCGACAAGAAAUCAGACUGAGGAGGACAUCGACGGUUCCCGGCUUCUUUCAUCUUCAUCACCGUCCUCAGCAAACUGUCUGCUGCCUCUGCUUCCACCUCCGCGAUGUGAUGUCACCGACUUUUGGGCCAGCUGACAUCACCGAUGGCUGCGAUUGGUUAAUCAGACUGUCUGAGCUCCAACAUAAGAAUGUCGGUUUACUGUCAGACUUCCUGUGUCACUGUUUACACCUCUGAAGUGUUUCUGUUUUUCUCUCUUCUGUCCACUUUGCUGUUUAAAGGCCAGCUUUGGGGUUCUGUUGUCCUUUAAACAGCUGACCUUUUCCUUCACUUUCCAUAAACUGUUUUCUUCUGAGGACAUUCCCUGAUUAACAUUUUUGGAGCAAAGUAAAUCCAAACAAUGAAUCCUGUUCCCUGCAGGAAAAGACCAUCUUCAUUCCAAAAUAAAAGCAUUUAGUCCUCUCUGCACAUUCUGGUUUAAAACAUGCUUAAAAAAGUCCAAAGGAUGGCUGUGCCGUCAGAUUUCCUUCUUUCUUAAACUGUAAUUUCCAUCGAGACUCUUGUGAAUAUGAAUGUUUGGAGCUGCAGCAAAGAUCACUUAUUACGAGCAAAACAAGACUCCGGCGUCUCCCCUGGUUUCUUCUUCUGGUUUGCCUGAACUCUGCCUGAACUCUUCGUCACUGUUAGCCGUGUGCUGAACACACACUUUAAAUUUUGGAGCUGUUUGAUGCUCCACUUUCGGUUAUUCAUUACAAAAUGUUAAGAAAAGAAAAGAAAAGGCACCCGUGUCUGUUCUGCUUGUGUGGUGUGAUCAGAUUUUUGUUGUGUCUUUAAUGACGUGUCACAAUAAACAUGGAUGAUUUCAACAACAGUAAGACCCCGUGUGGUGCGAAAGGGUUUGAUAUGUCAGGUUUUUAUAGGCUUAAAGGAAAUUAGUGAUAGGAGGAGGGCUGAUGAUCAGCUGAUCAUGAAACCAUUUUUUUUUUUUCUUUGCUUGAAGGAAAAAGUGCGUUUAUCUUUGAGGAUGGAUCAGAGUCGCCACCUUAUCCCUCUUUAAAAACACGAGCAGGUUUUUUUCUGAAAAGGUUUAAUCAUCAUUUUUCUUGUUUAUGUGGAACUUCUGGUUUCUUGGCUUUUGUUGGGGGAAAGUGGACGCAGCUUUCACCUCAGUUUACCGUUUGGCUGUGGGUCGAUUCCUGAUCGUUCUCAUGUACGAGCGUCACUUCACGACUUUACUCGGGUUUUGUUUUUGCAUUUUAAUUCUCAUGAGGUUUAUUCUGCAAUUAAUGGCACUUUUUAAAAUCACAUUUUUGAUAUUUUAAUGCAUUAUUUUGUUCUUUCAUCUCAUUUUGCCACAUUUCCACUUGGACUAUUUUGAAGCCUUUUCUCCUUUAACCGCAAUUAAAGUGCGUUUAGUCUCCAAAUCUCAAAGGCGUCACAGAAGGAAAAAUAUUUUCUGUUUGAAUUCAACCAUAUUGUGACCGCUCUGUUGACAUGGGUUAAGGAGCGAUCCCCUAAAUAUUAAUAUGUAAAACAAACUGUUCGUGGUGAUGGAUGAAAGUGUUUUAUUAAAUCACCUACAAUUUA